AUGAGGCCUUUACUGGUCAUUGCAUUGCCAGUCAUCUUCGCCACAGCACCAUCGGCAGCCACUUUCAUCUUGGGCACUGAACAUGUUUCCUUGACAUCUCAACCCCGCAUCACGCUCAAGGACGAUACCGUACUUGGGCCCUUCAACCUGUCUGUUCCAGUAGAUCACUUUCACAAUGAGACCCGCUAUGAACCGCACUCCAAUGGCACGUUCCCUCUGAGAUACUGGAUCAACAAGAAACACUACCGUCCCGGUGGCCCCGUCUUCUUGCUCGCCUCUGGCGAGACGACCGGUGAAGACCGCCUAGGCUACCUUGACCAUGGCAUCAUAGCCAUGUUCGCCGAGGCCACCCACGGCCUGGGCCUCGUCCUCGAGCACCGCUACUAUGGCACGUCCUUCCCUGUCGCCAACGUCUCCAUCCCCAACCUGCGUUUCCUCUCCACCGAGCAGGCCCUUGCCGACACGGCCUUCUUUGCUGAGCAUGUGACCUUCCCUGACCUGGAGCACGAGGAGCUCGGCCCGACAGACGUCCCCUGGAUCGCCUUCGGCGGCUCCUACGCCGGCGCCUUCGCUGCCUUCCUGCGCAAGCUCUAUCCUGAUGUUUUCUGGGGCGCCGUCUCAAGCUCAGGCGUGACCCAGGCCAUCGUUGAUUACUGGGAGUACUACGAAGCGGCGAGGCGCUACGCCCCCGCCGACUGUGCCGACGUGACGGCCACGCUGACCGAGAUUGCAGGAUGUCAAAAGUGCCUGCCCCGACGGGAUGUCAAGAAGUGCUUCGCUGUCCGAGGCAAUGAGCGCUGGCAGAGGGUCGACCUCGAUCAGGGGAUGGAGCGCAGCUGGUUCUGGCAGGUUUGCACCGAGUGGGGUUACUUCCAGACCGGCUCUGGCGCCCCCGCAGACCAAAAGCCCCUCGUCUCCCGCCUCAUAGACCUCAACUACACCUCUCUUCCCUGUCGUGAGGCCUUUAACAUCACGACCCUCCCGGAUGUAGAACGCAUCAACAAGCACGGCGGCUUCGGCUUCUCCUAUCCACGCGUCGCCAUCGUCGACGGAGAAGCCGACCCCUGGCGCGCGGCAACGCCGCACCGCAUCGGCCUACCCGAGCGCCAGAGCACCACCGAGGAGCCCUUUCUCCUCAUGGGCGGCGGUGCGGUGCACCACUGGGACGAGAAUGGCAUCUCGGGCAAGGAUGCGCGAGAGGGCUAUGGAGAGAGUCUGCCGCCGAGCGAGGUGAAGAGGGUCCAGGAGGCGGAGCUCGCGUUUGUCAAGACCUGGGUCGAGGCGUGGUCUGAGGCCAAGACUGCCAAGGAGGACGAGUCUUUCUCGCUCGAGCUCUAG